AGUAUUCUUACGUAUAAUGGUGGUGCUGUAGUUGGAAUGAAAGGAAAAGAUUGUGUUGCCAUUGCAACUGACAUGCGUUUUGGCGUGGGCUACUCAACAAUCGCUAUGAAUUAUUCCAAAAUUGAACAACUUGGACCACAUUUAUUCGUCGGACUUCCGGGAUUAGCUACUGAUAAGGAAACGGUUUCCCAAAGGCUUCUUUUCCGCAAAAAUCUGUACGAACUUCGAGAAAAUCGUCACGUUAGACCGAAGACUCUUCUGUGUAUGCUGUCAAACCUUCUCUAUGAACGAAGAUUUGCGCCAUACUUUGUUGAGCCGAUUGUUGUUGGCAUCGAUCCAGUAGAACAUACACCCUUUGUUGGCGGAAUGGAUCUUGUUGGCUCUCCUGUCGAAUGCGAAUUUGUCGUAGCCGGUUCAUGUACUGAGCAACUUUACGGCAUGUGCGAAACUCUUAUGGAAAAAGACAUGAAUUCUGAACAACUUUUCGAAUGCAUAUCUCAGUGUAUGUUGAAUGCCACGAAUCGUGACUGUGUCGCCGGUUGGGGAACUCGGGUUUAUCUAAUUGAAAAGGAUAAGGUUACAAUUUCCGAUCUGAAAAGUCGCAUGGAUUGA